GGAAUCGAUUGGAAAACAAACGUCGAGCUAAAAUCUCUCUCUUUACAGAAUAUAACUACAGCACAGUUAAAGACAUCGAGAGGAGUGUAAACACAGACAAGUCUCACUUUCAAAAAAAAGCAAGGAGAAAAAUAAACGUUUAAGAGAAGCAUAAAAUGGCAGAAGCUUCAUCACCACAACUAAGAAAAGGCAGAAGGAAAAGUAUGGACUCACCAGGUUCUUUUUCUCAUGACUCCAGCAGUCUCCUGUCUGACGAGCAGCUGCUGUGUUCGAUCUGUCUGGAUGUGUUCACUGAUCCAGUCACCACUCCAUGUGGACACAACUUCUGUAAGAGCUGCCUUACACAGUGCUGGAAGAAGAGUCAACACUGUCAAUGUCCAUUAUGUAAAGAGAAAUUCACCAAGAAACCUGAACUGAAGAUUAAUACAACACUGAGAGAGGUUGCAGAUCACUUCAAGAAGAAAAGUGUUUCUGACAAACCUGAGGUUCUUUGUGAUGCCUGCACUGGAGAGAAGCUGAAGGCCCUGAAAUCUUGUCUGGAUUGUUGUGCUAGUUUGUGUAAAACUCAUUUAGAGUUUCAUAAUAAUAUGCCCAAAUUUAAGAAACACAAACUAAUAAACCCUGUGGAGAACCUAGAGGACUACAUAUGCCAGAAACAUGAGAGAGCUCUGGAGCUGUUCUGUAGAGAUGACCAGACGUGUGUGUGUCAGUUCUGCACUGAAGGAGACCACAAAAAUCACAACACUGUUCCUAUAGAGGAGGAGAGCAGAGAGAGGAAGACUCAGCUGGUGAAAAAACAGACAGAUGUGCAGCAGAUGAUUCAGAACCGACUGAAGAAGAUAAAAGAAAUCAAACACUCAGUAGACCAAAGCAAAAGAAGCACAGAGAAAGAGAAAGCAGACAGUGUUGAAGUCUUCACUGCUCUGAUUCGCUCCAUUGAGAGAAGUCAGGCUGAGCUGCUCGAGGUGAUGGAGGAGAAGCAGAAAGCAGCAGAGAGGCAGGCUGAAGGACUCAUUAAAGAGCUGGAGCAGGAAAUCACUGUGCUAAAGAGGAGAGACACUGAGCUGGAGCAGCUCUCACACACUGAGGAGCAUCUCCACCUCCUACAGAUUUACUCCUCCAUGUGCAGCCCUCCACACACCAAGAAUUGGACUGAGAUCAGUAUUGACACUGAUCUGAGUGGGGACACUGUGAGGACAGCUCUGUCUCAGCUUCAGAAGACUCUGAAUAAGACACUCAGUAAAACACUAAAUGACCAGUUAAAGGAAACAGUUUCCACAGAACUGAAGAGGAUUCAGCAGUAUGCAGUGGAUGUGACUCUGGAUCCUGAUACAGCAAGUCCAUAUCUCAUCCUGUCUGCUGAUGGAAAACAAGUGACAUGUGGAGACCAACGACAGAAUGUCCCUGAUACACCACAGAGGUUUAAUACAUGUGUUAAUGUUCUGGGAAAGCAGAGUUUCUCCUCGGGGAGAUUUUAUUAUGAGGUGCAGGUCAGAGGGAAAACUAAAUGGACAUUAGGUGCCGUGAGUGAGAACAUUAACAGGAAGGGGGAUAUUAUACUGAAACCUCAGGAUGGAUUCUGGACUGUGUGGCUGAGGAAUGAGAAUCAGUAUGAGGCUCCUGCUGGUCCCCCUGUUCCGCUCACACUGAGAAAGAAGGUGGAGAAGGUGGGGGUGUUUGUGGAUUAUGAGGAGGGUCUGGUCUCCUUUUAUGAUGUGAAGUCCAGAUCUCAUAUCUACUCUUUCACUGGUCAGUCUUUCACUGAGAAACUCUAUCCAUACUUCAGUCCUGGAUUAAAUGAAGGAGGUAAAAAUUCAGCACCACUGAUCAUCUCUCCUGUAUUUAAGACUGAAUGAAUUUUUACCUCACAAAUUUAACCAAUUAUUCAAGAAUGAAAUAAAUAUUAAUAUUCAUGAAGUUCUACCUGAUUGGUCACUGACAUGUUUGGGGUGUGACAUAUUGUAAUGAUUCGCCGGAGGCGGAAGUAUUGGAAUCCAUGCACAGAUUUAUUUAACAAACACAGCAGGCAAAAAUGUGACAGAAAACGAAGCAAAAAGGUCAAACCAGGAAAUCGGAGAACCAGCAACUAAUCCAAAAACGAUAGGUAAGAAUCAUAGAAACUAGGUCAAACACAGUAAUCAGAAUCAACAAUAUAGAGAAUGGCUUUGUACAUACACACAGGAACUUUACUUCUCAUAGAGUGAAGUGUCUCUCUUGUGUGUGGGGAAACCCAGAAGUGCAUGAUUAGAAUUUGGGAGAGGGCUCCCUCUAAUGUUCAGCCUCCCGGUGUGACGUGACACAUAUCAUGUUGCUUUUUUCUGACUGCUGUGAAAAAUCUCCAGGUGUCAUACAAGAGCAAAAUUCAAAAUGUCUGAAAUAGCACUUUUCAGCACACUGAUGUAUCCAAUAAUUCAACAUUUGGCCUGAUGGAGGCAAAAGAGAAAAGGUCAUGAGGUCAACAAUGUGUCUUACAGUUCAACUAUUGGGGUAACAAUUAGAUUCAAAACUUUAUCUGCUUUUGCAAAGCUGAAAUGCUCCCUUGUCAGAAGGGAUUUGUUCGCAGAUAAACUCAGAUGAUUUCCAUGCUGGCCUAUGCUGAUUUUGUGCUAGUUUAGCUGGUGGACUACCUUAAAUCUGUACUCAUUGUUAGAGACUUCAAAAUGCUAGGGUAGCUGUGCUAGUCUACAUGCAGAUGAAUGUAUUCCACCAGCAAAAUCUCAUAAUGGUAGUCUACCAGCAUAGUUUUGCAGAUGAAACUGGAUUACUAUCUUAUCUCGUUACUUACUCGUCUGUACAUAUUCAUGCAGCCAUUACUCACAUGACCCUUGUGUGUGUUUUUGUUUAUUUCUAAGUAUAUAAGUGAGAAAGAACCAAGAGAACUGAAAGAAUAGAGAACCAGCAUCCAACCACCACCAGGAUGAGAUGCUGGUGAGCAGCAAACCAGCAUCAAAACUCAACAUAUACUGGCAUUACCUGGUUGAAAAGCUUGCAUUAUGUGGUUCUAUGCUGGUUUUAUUAAAUUAUUAAAUUCCCAAGUCCACGUUAUGUACGCAAUGUAAAAGGUGCAGUAGGACAUCUUUAAUUGGUGACAACAAUGCAAAUUGAACAUAUGAACACAUUAAUGGCAUAGUAAACAAAUAUACAACUGCGCUACAAUUUCAGGUCUGUUUUCAGAUAAAUAUUACCUUCAGUACCAAAGGUUUUUGCUUUUUUGAGAAAAGGGUUCUUUUCAGUCUUGCAGAGGCCAUUGGGGUAUGUGUUAUUGGACAUGUGAGUAAAAAUGUACAGGUAAAAUAACAGGAUCCGUGUGUAUUAAUAUCAGACAUUAAUAACUGAUAAGUCUAGUCAGCAAACCUGUUUAAUCAAUCAACUUGUUAAAUCAGUUAUCUCUACUCUUUUAGUUCGAUCGUUUUUUUUUAUUAUAAAAAUAA